AGUGGAACAGCACAGGAUGAGCCACAGCAGACAGACAUGUCCAACCUUUGAGGUGACGUUGAAUGUGACAAAUAUCACUCUGAGCAACACGACCGGGACCAACAUAGCCAUCCUCCGUCUAUCUGCCCAGCCCACCCUGACCGACUACAUCCAGCCCAUCUGCUUGGACAACGGGAGAACCUUCGCCGAGGGCUUGGCGUGCUGGGCGGCCGGUUGGAGUCCUGGAAGAGGAGGAGCUGAGGAAGUUAUGCAGCAGUUUCAGACCUCGGUGGUAAACUGUGGGAACUCAUCAUCGAGUGAGAGCAUCUGUACAGACAUGUUUGCACUGCAGCAGGGUGAUUCUGGCGGCCCACUGAUGUGUAAGCAGGGCGGCUCUUGGUUCCAGGCGGUCGUGUUAACAGCUCCAAGCUCCUCUGCCAGGAGGAGACGAAGCUCAGUCAUGACCUUCACCAGAGUGAGCUCCUUUAACUCCUUCCUGACUGAGACCCUUGAGAUGCGCUUGGCUCCGGCUUCCAACACCACUGCCAACCCCACCAAUGCCCCCAUCACUACCUCUACCAGCAGCACCUGUACCGCCACUAUGGCCACCACUACAAAUGACUCAAAUAGUGUGUUUGACACCAGCGGGGGUCGUCCGGCUCAGGCCUACACAUUUGCCAUCUUCCACCUCCUCAGCCUCUCCCUUUGUCUCCAACUCUUCCUGUAGAGAGUCUGACCUGAUUUACAU